CGACGCGAGCUACAUGAAUGAGAGAAACGUGCCCUGCGAGAGACGUCGCGCGCGCCCGGGCAAGGGAGCCAAUGGGAACGCUGGGAAGGCUGGAGACCCGGCACUGAGGGCAACGGCCGCGCGCCGGCUCGAAGACGAGCGUCGCCAGGCGGGAGCGCGCAGGAGCAGGGCGGGCGUGGAGCGUGAGGGGGCCGCGCGCUGCCUCUCAGAGGCUGGACGGCACUGCCGGGAGUCGGCGGAGACAACGACGGCGGCGGUGACGGCCACCGCGCCGGGGGUUAGGAACCGUGACCCAGUUGAACUCUGUAUCCAGAAGGCUCAAGAUUGAAGAGAAAAGAUCAGAGACAUUGACUAACCUGGAAACAGGGACAUCUUUGGAACUUGGCUUUCAUCCACAGUAACCUUUUAAAGUAUCAUCGAGUGAUUUCUUCACCUACUGCUUAUUGGGAAGAAUAUGGCUUCAGGGAUUUUAAGUUUCCCUUUAAUUUUGCAUGAAUUCUAUAAGAAACGGAGCCCUUAAAGGGCUUUGGAAUAACAAGAAGAGACUGAAGACAGACAAGCUUGUUCUCUCUCUUUCUCUCUGUGUUUUCCCUCCCCAUUCAAAGAAAAGGAUUUACAACUCAACCUUUUAUCAGCUAGUGCCAGCUUUAACCAUCAAGAAAGAAAGAAGUAAAAUUAAACCACCAUUGCCAGACUACAAGCCCUGGUGAAGUCAAGGUGUGGGAGAGGUCAAGGAGACUACCUGAAAGGAACAAAGACUGCAGUAAAAACAGCUUCUCUUUAAAGCUGGAAGGGACCCCAGGUUCCUUCUUGGAUUAAAAUAGAAACAAGGGCGCACCUAUUUCAGGUGUAGCUCACAUUUUACAGAAGUGUGUUAGUUGUGGAGGUACUAUAGUAUCUCCUCAGAAGAAUCUUUCCUUGCCUGAAGUUUCUGCUCUACUCUGAUAUUUGCCCCUUCCUUUCUUUUUAACACCUGCCUCCAUCCAUGAACUAUUCCUUGAUCCGUCUGGCUGCCAUGUUCUCCAUCUGCAACCAUUUGCAUGUGAACAGCCUACUGUUUCUCUACAAUUUUUAAACUGUACAAGUUGUGUUUCUUAAUCUCUCCUUCUGCCUUGUUCUGGGGAGGUAGUUAUUCAUCAUUUGGAAUCACCUUUCCCCCUCCCAUGUGCUUUCCUUCAUUUGAAAUCUUUUAACCUUUGGUUUUAUUUGGGAGGGGGAAGGGUGAUAAUUUUAAAUUUUUUGUUUUCCUGGUUUCCUUCUGUAGUCUUUUUUCUGUUGUUUCCUUCAUCCCAUUUUCUUGUCUGUUCUGCCGCUGUGUGGGUCUGGGCUAUGCGGCAGGGCAGAUCUCCCAUCAGAGCUCCAACAUGCCCGCAGAGUCUGGAAAGAGAUUCAAACCCAGCAAGUAUGUCCCGGUCUCAGCAGCCGCAAUCUUCUUAGUGGGAGCUACGACACUCUUCUUUGCCUUUACGUGUCCAGGACUAAGCCUCUAUGUGUCACCUGCAGUGCCCAUCUACAAUGCAGUUGUUUUUCUCUUUGUGCUGGCGAACUUCAGCAUGGCCACCUUCAUGGACCCAGGCAUUUUCCCUCGAGCUGAGGAGGAUGAGGACAAGGAAGAUGACUUCCGAGCCCCCCUUUAUAAAACAGUGGAGAUCAAAGGCAUUCAGGUGCGCAUGAAAUGGUGUGCCACCUGCCGCUUUUACCGUCCUCCUCGAUGUUCUCAUUGCAGUGUCUGUGACAAUUGUGUGGAGGAAUUUGAUCAUCACUGCCCCUGGGUGAACAACUGUAUUGGUCGCCGGAACUACCGUUAUUUCUUCCUCUUCCUCCUUUCCCUGACAGCCCACAUUAUGGGUGUGUUUGGCUUUGGCCUCCUUUAUGUCCUCUACCACAUGGAGGAACUCUCAGGGGUCCGCACAGCUGUCACAAUGGCAGUGAUGUGUGUGGCUGGCUUAUUCUUCAUCCCUGUAGCUGGCCUCACGGGAUUUCAUGUGGUGCUGGUGGCUAGGGGACGCACAACCAACGAACAGGUUACGGGUAAAUUCCGGGGAGGUGUGAACCCUUUCACCAAUGGCUGCUGUAACAAUGUCAGCCGUGUACUCUGUAGUUCCCCAGCACCCAGGUAUUUGGGGAGACCAAAGAAAGAGAAGACAAUUGUUAUCCGACCUCCCUUCCUUCGACCAGAAGUGUCAGAUGGGCAGAUAACUGUGAAGAUCAUGGACAAUGGCAUCCAGGGAGAGCUGAGGCGAACUAAGUCUAAGGGAAGCUUGGAAAUAACAGAGAGCCAGUCAGCUGAUGCUGAGCCUCCACCUCCUCCUAAGCCGGACCUGAGCCGCUACACGGGACUACGAACACAUCUUGGCCUGGCUACUACAGAGGAUAGCAGCCUCUUGGGCAAGGACAGCCCCCCCACACCUACCAUGUACAAGUAUCGGCCAGGCUACAGUAGCAGCAGUACAUCAGCCGCCAUGCCUCAUUCUUCCAGCGCCAAGUUGAGUCGUGGGGACAGCUUGAAGGAGCCAACUUCAAUUGCAGAAAGUAGCCGCCAUCCCAGCUACCGCUCAGAGCCCAGCUUGGAGCCAGAGAGCUUCCGUUCUCCCACCUUUGGCAAAAGCUUUCACUUCGAUCCACUAUCUAGUGGCUCACGCUCGUCUAGCCUCAAGUCCGCCCAGGGCACAGGUUUUGAGAUGGGCCAGUUGCAGUCCAUUCGUUCAGAGGGUACAACCUCCACCUCCUACAAGAGCCUGGCCAACCAGACCCGCAAUGGAAGCCUAUCUUAUGACAGCCUGCUCACUCCUUCAGACAGCCCUGAUUUUGAAUCAGUGCAGACAGGGCCUGAGCCCGACCCUCCUUUAGGCUACACCUCUCCCUUCCUGUCAGCCCGGCUGGCUCAGCAACGGGAAGCCGAGAGGCACCCACGUUUGGUGCCAACUGGUCCAUCACACCGAGAGCCCUCACCAGUACGGUACGACAAUCUGUCGCGCCACAUUGUGGCCUCCCUCCAGGAACGAGAGAAGCUGCUGCGCCAGUCACCUCCACUCCCAGGCCACGAGGAAGAACCAGGCUUGGGGGACUCGGGCAUACAGUCAACACCGGGCUCAGGGCAUGCCCCUCGUACUAGCUCCUCCUCGGAUGAUUCAAAGCGAUCACCCUUGGGCAAGACUCCACUGGGACGCCCAGCUGCUCCCCGUUUUGGCAAGCCAGAUGGGCUGAGGGGCCGGGGACUAGGGUCCCCUGAACCAGGCCCACCUGCCCCAUACUUGGGCCGAUCUAUGUCUUACAGCAGCCAAAAAGCCCCACCUGCUGUCUCUGAGACGGAGGAAGUGGCCUUGCAGCCAUUACUGACACCCAAAGAUGAAGUACAGCUCAAGACUGCCUACAGCAAAUCCAAUGGGCAGCCCAAGAGUAUAGGCUCAGCCUCCUCUGGCCCGGGCCAGCCACUUCUCAGUAGCCCCACAAGAGGAGGAGUCAAGAAGGUGUCAGGGGUGGGUGGUACCACCUAUGAGAUUUCGGUGUGAGGCUUCGGCGCACCCCUACCCUACGCCUCUGCACCUACACCAAAGGGCCCCAGGUGGCCACCUUCCCUUGAGGAGCGCCCCUCCCCGGCAUAGACAUUUUUUAAACCACCGAUUCCAAGAAGAUGAGGAGCUUUUACAAAAUGCGAUGGGGUUGGGGAGUUGGAGAGUUGGGGCCCUGAGACUGGGGUUACAACCCCCUUCCAUCUUUUAAGACCUUCCCUUCCUUAACCCCUGGACCAGACUCAGUGGACAUUUGUGCAAUUGCUCGCCCUGGAGGGAACCAGAUCAUUUUUAAACCAGAAAUAAUUUUUUUUAUUAUUGUUACGGAUUCUAUUUUUUUCCUCUUCUGCGUUACCAGGUGUGUGUGUACAUAUAUAUAUAUUAUAAAUAUCAAAGAAAUUAUAUAUCUAUCCUGGGAUGGGGAAAUGAGGGAGGAAUAUGCUUAAGGAGGGGAAUCCUCUUCCCAUUCCUCAGACCAGCAGGAAAGGGGGAGACAUGAGAGUCUUUUCCCCAGGGUUCCCUCUCUUCUGUCCCAGUUACCAACUAAGGAAAUAGCACCCCCCCAUUGUUGGUGCUAAGUGAUCAGGAAAGAAACCCGGAGAGGUGAGCCUGGGGACUUGGUCAGAGGAGGGAAGGACUUGGAAAGGAGAGUUAGUUUUCUAGGCUCAUUGGCACUUAAGUUUCCCCAGGAAGGGGGUUACAGCCCAUGACGGUGGUGGUGGUGGUGGUGGGGGGGGGGGAGAUCAGGAAAAAGAGGUUGGCCUAGCUCAAGAAACAACACUGGAUAAUUCGCCCUUCUCGGAUGAGAGGGAUUAGGGUGGGCUGCUUCAACUAGCACCUCAAAGCCUCCCCCUAGCUCACAUGGUUACCAUUAUUUUUAAAUCCAAGGCCGGGAGAGACGAAUACAAAAAGCAAUAUUUUCAUCACAUGCCAAAAACGGGAUAGAGAGAAGGAGCGGCAGGCCUAGGCCCCUCCAAUUGUCCCUUGGGGGUUACCCUUCAGCCCACCUCAGUAUGGUGCUGGUAGAGGGGAUACCUGAGUUCUAACCUUUAAAUAGGGGAGACCCCUGCCUCUACAUGGAGGCCCUUUUAUUUUUUAUUCUAAUUAGCCAUUUUAAACCAACAAGGAAUAAAAAGAAAUCCUGAUCUAACCUC